AUUAUCAUAGGGCUCAGCGCUGGGUUCCCUUUGCUCCAAUCAGAGCUUCCCUCACCAAGAUCAAAGAGAAAUCUGGCCAAUGAGCUGCCUUGCCGCACUAAGGGUAAAGGCACCAUGGCUCGUCCAGGCCUAUUUAUGGGAGAGAGAAAGAUCACUCUCCUAAUCAAGGACUCUUAUUCCUCCAAUGCCAUUUGGAUUUACUACCUGCCGAUCAUUCACACCUUGGGUUUUGUUCCGAUUACAAUAAGAGAAAUCAGAGGAAGAGCUGCUGUUAGUUUCCCCCCAGUGUGUGCGCUUGGAAGCCCCUCUCUUGAGGAAUGAGUGUAAGUGCCACCGAGAGCUGCGCAAAGAAUGUGCAGUACCGGGUCGAUCACCUUCUCAGCGCUGUGGAGAAUGAGCUCCAGGCUGGCAGCGAGAAGGGGGACCCCACCGAGAAGGAGCUGAAGGUGAGCCUGGAGGAGCGGGACCUGUGGAUGAGGUUCAAGGAGCUCACCAAUGAGAUGAUCGUCACCAAGAAUGGAAGGCGAAUGUUUCCAGUUCUAAAGGUGAGCGUGUCGGGCCUGGAUCCCAAUGCCAUGUACACAUUUCUGCUGGAUUUUGUGGCAGCUGACAACCACCGCUGGAAGUACGUGAAUGGAGAAUGGGUUCCAGGUGGCAAACCUGAGCCCCAGGCCCCCAGUUGUGUUUACAUUCACCCAGACUCCCCCAACUUUGGAGCCCACUGGAUGAAAGAUCCUGUUUCUUUCAGCAAAGUCAAACUUACAAACAAAAUGAAUGGUGGAGGCCAGAUUAUGCUAAACUCGUUGCACAAAUAUGAACCUCGAAUCCACAUAGUGAGAGUUGGAGGCACCCAGAGAAUGAUCACCAGUCACUCAUUUCCUGAGACACAGUUCAUAGCAGUGACAGCAUACCAGAAUGAAGAGAUUACAGCACUUAAAAUCAAACACAACCCCUUUGCCAAAGCAUUUCUGGAUGCAAAAGAAAGAAAUGAUUAUAAAGACAUCUUGGAUGAGGGUAUUGAUAGUCAACACUCAAAUUUCUCUCAGCGUACUUGGCUGAUUCCCAACGGUGGAUCUUUAUGUUCGCCCAAUCCACACACACAGUUCGGGGCGCCGAUUUCUCUAUCGUCUCCUCAUGGCUGCGAGCGAUACUCAUCUCUAAGAAACCACCGCUCGGCUCCCUACCCAAGUCCAUAUGUUCACAGAAACAAUUCCCCAAACAAUUUAGCAGAUAAUUCUUCAGCCUGUCUUUCAAUGCUCCAGUCCCAUGAUAACUGGUCCACACUUCAAAUGCCGGCACACACUGGGGUGUUGCCAAUGAGUCACAGCGCGGGAACACCUCCUACCUCAAGUCAGUACCCUUCCUUGUGGUCUGUGAGUAACAGCACCCUCACACCAGUGUCUCAGUCUGGAGGAAUAACUAAUGGAAUAAGCUCCCAGUACUUACGCGGCUCUACGCCUCAUUACUCAUCUCUUUCACAUGCUGUUCCCUCACCAGCCACAGGAUCUCCAUUGUAUGAACAUGGAUCACAAACAGAAAUAGCAGAAAACCAGUAUGACGUCACAGCACAUUCCAGGCUUUCAUCAACAUGGACAACAGUUGCACCGCCGUCAAUCUAAAGCAAAGACUUUAAGGACUUAAUAUAAAAAUCAGUGUUUCCUGGGCUUGAGCUGCUGGGGGUCCCUGGCCCAUAAAAGCAAAUUACCAAAACAACUUGAAGAUGUUCUUGCAAUAAUUAAGUUGGCUUUUACCUGUUUCAAAAGGCUUCACUGGUCCAACCAGGUGUGAGUGGUCUGCACUGCAGCUCACUAUCUUGAGAAGCAAAGCACAAACAAAAGUAGGAUUCACUUAGGUGAUAAAACCAACAAUCGUUAUUACCUUAGAAUAUGUUAUGUUGCCUAUGUAUGUUCUACAUCAGUUUUCUGAAUGUGCUGGCAAAGGGUAAUUUACCCAGGAGGCUCUUUUGAAGGGAAUUUAAAGAUGCAGGAAAACGGAAACUGUAUUAAUAAGAGAAUCCAUUCUGCUUAUUUCUUUUACAAUCCCUAUUUACUUCUAUCUGGGACUGCUGCUACAGGCUACAUGGUUUUUUAUUAUAGACAUAUUUUUAAUAUGCCUUAUUAAGUGAAAAUAAUUUAAAAUGCUUAAAUAAUUUAAAAUGUGGUACUGUCUAGAGUCUAGAGACUCUAGACUAUGAAAAAAUAUUUGCAGCAGAAUUUGUUUGCAUCUACUGUGUCAGACAAGUUAUUAUCUGCUGCCUAAAUAACUGCAAACUGCACCCAGCUAAAUUGAUUUUAAAUAUUGUUUCUAAAACACAAAGAGAAAGUAUCCUAAUUCAUUGUGUAACUGGUAUUGCUGUAUUUAUUUUUUCCAUGUGACUUCCAUGUGAUGUUUUUGUGGUAAAUGUAUAUGUGCUGUAAAUAUGUUAUUGUAUGCUGUAAGACAAUCAGAUAAAAAAAUACUGUGGAACAGAAA